UUUGUUACUGUAUUGAGGAAAUUCUCAGAGACUGCUCAUAUUGGUGAUGCUAUCUUUGAAGAAUACAGGCAAAAAUCAACUGAUGAUUAUGUUGAAGAAAUGGAAACUUACUUAACUGAAAGUAUUUUUAAUUUGAUUCUAUUAAUUUUAUGUACAUUUUAGAAAAAAGAAAAUCUCAAAUCUUUUUAUGUGCAUCAAGUAAUUCAGAAUUUGCCGAAGAUUCAGUUAUUCUUGGUCACAAGAUACUAUUUCCUCGGGAUAUGAGAAAUGAAUUUAAAGAUAUGAGGGUCAAAUUUGGAUCAACUUUUUAUGAUGUACGACUUCUUUUCUCAAAGAAAUGGAGUGAAUCACAGAGUGACAUCAACAAUGUUAAAGCACUACUCAUUGAUAUUUUUCCUGAUCUCAGGGCUGAACUUUCUGUUGUAAAAACCAUUGAUGGUGUUCUGGAUGUGGUGAAGAGAAAGUGUAGCAUUAUUGAUAUUCGUCCUCUUGAAGUAUUAGCUCAAAAGUUUGAAGUGAAAGAGGCAGAGGCUAUUAUCAGAGAGCAUAAAGAAGCAGCUGAAGAGUUCUGCAAGUCAGUAUCAGUAAACGUCUUCCAAGACCAAACAUUACAAGUGAUUCCAACACAACAUUUGCUAUGUGAAACCAUAACUUUUGUCCUGAACUGGAAUCCUGAUGAGACUACACUGCAAGACAUCAAUGAUGUACUGUUGGAGUUAAAAGUACUCCACAAAUAUCAAAUAAAAGUAGUUGGAGUUGGUACUGGAUCAGUUAUAGUAACCUGCUACUGUCCUGCAGAAUAUACUAGCUCACUCAUAGUAACUGUCCUCAAAAAGAUAGAGAUACUACAAGAGAGAGGAUUGACAGAUUUUAUAGUAGGGAACUGUACUAUAUGGAAUAAUGUUGCUCAUGAGGUAUCUGAAAUGACAAAUAAAGAGAUUGACCAAAUUACCAAAAGUACUGUCAUUGAUUAUGAAGACACAGAGAAAGAGUUAAGGCAACAGUUAGCUGAGAAAAAUAGAAAAAUACUAGAGCUUCAACAAGAGAAACAACAGGCACAUUUAUUACCAGCAGAGUCAAAUGAUGAAUUAAAUAAGAAAUUAGAGGUACAAUUUGCAAUUGGUAGAAGAAAGACAUUGGAGAUUGAGGACUUAAAGGCUACUGUGAGACAAAAAGAAGAUAAAAUAAUUGCCAUUGAGAAAGAGUUAGUGUCAUUAAGGGAACUGUCAGAGAAUCAACUACAAGAAAUAGAACAACUGAAACUGAAACUUAAUGCUUUACCAGUUGCAGCUUGUAUGACUACACAUACAGUUGAAAGUGAUAAUGAGGUGAUAAAAUCAAAAGGUGAGUUAAAGAGUUGUUGUGCUUAUAAUGCUUUAUGCAAUUUAAACAA